GAUGGUCAAACCAGGAAAAUUUGAGGAGGAAGCCGAGUUGCAUUUUGCAUAUAAAGCCAUGAUGUUCCAUAAUGCAAAUGAAAUGAAUAACACCAACUCCAACUUCCACCCAACCAUGUCUCGUCUUCUUCCUCUCCUUCUCUUCCUUAUCCUUCUCCGAUUCUCGCCUCCCUCCGCCGCCGCAGAUUCCGUCUACACCCAAUUUCUCCAGUGCUUCCAAUCCAACUCCGACACCUCUAAUGGAGUCUCCGACAUAGUCUUCUCUCGCCAAAAUGCUUCUUACACUUCGGUUCUUCGGGCUUAUAUCCGAAACGCCCGUUUCAACACCUCCUCAGCGCCCAAGCCUGUGAUAAUCGUCACUCCAUUCACCGAAUCCCAUGUCCAAUCCGCUGUCAUUUGCUCCAAGAAGCUCGGCAUUCAACUCAAAAUCCGAAGUGGGGGCCACGAUUAUGAGGGUAUCUCCUAUGUUUCCGAUGUUGAGUUCAUCGUUCUCGACAUGUCCAAUCUUCGCGCGGUUACCGUCGAUGUUGCCGACAAAUCGGCGUGGGUUCAAGCUGGAGCCACACUCGGAGAAGUGUACUACGGAAUUUGGGAGAAGAGUAAGGUUCUAGGCUACCCGGCUGGGAUUUGUCCAACUGUCGGCGUUGGCGGACAUAUUAGCGGCGGCGGCUACGGCAACAUGCUCCGGAAGUACGGACUCUCUGUUGACCAAAUUCUUGAUGCUCGGAUUGUCGAUGUGAAGGGCAGAAUCCUCGAUUCCAAGUCUAUGGGGGAGGAUCUUUUCUGGGCCAUUAGCGGCGGCGGAGGAGCCAGUUUUGGGGUCGUCCUCGCCUACAAAAUCCGGCUGGUUCCAGUGCCGGAGACGGUCACCGUCUUCCGAGUCGAAAGAACCCUGGAACAGAACGCCGCUGACUUGGUGGUCAGAUGGCAAGAAGUGGCUCCGUCCACCGACGAGAAUCUGUUCAUGAGGCUACUCUUACAGCCAGUUUCCAGUAAAGUGAAGAAGGGGACUCGAACAGUCAGAGCCUCAGUCGUGGCCUUGUUCCUCGGGAAAUCGGAAGAAGUCGUUUCCUUGUUGGGAAAAGAAUUCCCCGAAUUGGGGUUGCAGAAAGAGAACUGUAUCGAACUUAGUUGGAUCGACUCUGUUCUUUGGUGGGGUAAUUUCGAUAACGGAACUUCACCCAAAGCUCUACUCGACCGCAAUCUCGAUUCAUCAGGGUUUCUCAGAAGGAAAUCGGAUUACGUUCAGACACCCAUUUCCAGAGAUGGGUUGGAUUGGUUGUACAAGAAGAUGAUCGAAAUCGGCAAAACAGGGCUUGUUUUCAACCCCUAUGGCGGAAAGAUGAGCGAAAUUCCAUCUACAGCGACCCCAUUUCCUCACCGAGCAGGGAAUCUGUACAAGAUCCAGUACUCAGUGAACUGGAACGAACCAGGGCCGGAGGCAGACCAGGAGUUUGUGAAGCAAAUAAGAAGGCUGUACAGUUACAUGACCCCCUUUGUGUCGAAGAAUCCAAGACAAUCCUUCCUGAACUACAGAGAUUUGGACAUUGGCACCAACAACAACAACAAGAACAGCUUCGAGGAUGGGAAGGUUUAUGGAUUGAAGUACUUCGGGGAGAAUUUCGAUAGGCUGGUGAAGGUGAAGACGGCUGUGGAUCCAGAGAAUUUCUUCUGGAAUGAACAGAGUAUUCCAACUCUUUCAAAGCUCCAGUCUUCUGGUUUGAGUUGGAGUAGAAGAAGUUGGAGGCCGACCAUGGUGGCCAUCAUCAUGGUUACACCACAGCUUUUGUAAACCCACAAAGGAAUGACUACAGGGAGUGGGGUUCCACAACGAA